AAAAAGUAGAGACUGGUAAUGAAGGACUCCACGCUCCCUCCACCUGACAGUUUGCUGUGCUUCGAUUCUUUGAUUCAGCCAGUAGAAGAAAUCGUUUCUGACACGCAUAUCUGGCGGGGAUUCGUUCAUAGAAGUUAGAAAACCCCAAAGCGAAAGAAAGGAAGAAAGUGUAGACCCAACAAAAUAGAGAUGACUGCAAGUACAGCCACUUUGGCUUUCUCUUCGGCAACGCACGGUUCUUGUUUGAUUACUUGUUCAAAUGGAAAAUCAUCACCAGAAACCAAAACGACGAUGGUGACGCUGAAAUCAGCUCCGUUUCCUUCUCCCUUGACCGCCGUUAAUGUGACUAGAAAGGCAAGGAGAAUCAUUUCCUGCCAAGCUGUCUCCACCGCUUCCGUGGACAAGGACGAGAAAUACACGUCGGUUUCAGGAUCGGCCGAAGCUGAAGAGGAGGCUAAAGUAGGGGCGAAGGUUAGGGUGAAGGUCCCGCUCAAAGUGUAUCACGUGCCUCGCGUGCCAGAGGUGGAUCUGACCGGUAUGGAAGGAGUGAUUAAACAAUACGUCGCGCUCUGGAAAGGGAAACGGAUUUCAGCUAAUCUUCCUUACAAGGUGGAGUUUGUUAAGGAAAUUGAAGGCCGGGGACCUGUCAAGUUCUUUGCCCACGUUAAAGAGGACGAAUUGGAAUUCCUUGAUUAGAAUCGUGAUUCUUAUCCGUAUGCCAGGCAAAUACUUUUUUUUUCUUAUCUAUUUGCUUUCUUGCUACAACGUAAAACCAAUAACUACUCACUGUUGUAUGUAAUUUUACCUUUACCUUCAGUUCUACCUGGGAAUGGAAUUUUCAUCUGUUAAUUAAUUGGUAGCAUUGAAGUUUUUAUAUCCGAGGGUUAUCUUCAGGUCUCA